UUGAACGAUUGGAUGGAUCGGCCUUCUGACCACACCUCUGCAUCAGACCGUUUGUAAAAGAAUAUCAAGCGUAUCAAACCAAACAUCCUGCGGGCAAGCUUUGCUCGACACGCGGGCUUCUUCUUCGGUCCAAAGAUGGCCGGCGACAAGCGACGCAGCAAGACAAUAGUGUUUCUGCACCCGGAUCUGGGGAUAGGAGGCGCCGAGCGGCUGGUGAUCGAUGCGGCCGUAGGGCUGCAGAAGCGCGGGCACAAGGUGGUCAUCUUCACGAGCCACUGCGACCCGGCGCACUGCUUCGACGAGGCCCGCGAUGGCACCCUCGACGUGCGCGUGCGCGGCAACACCCUCGUCCCGCCCACCAUCCUCGGCCGCUUCGCCAUCCUCUGCGCCAUCCUCCGCCAGCUGCACCUGAUCCUGCAGGUCGCCGUCCUCACCCGCGAGCUCGCCGCCCUCGCCCCCGACGCCUUCUUCGUCGACCAGCUCAGCGCCGGCCUGCCCCUCCUCAAGCUCGCCUCCCCCGGCCCCGGCCGCGCCCCCGUCUUCUUCUACUGCCACUUCCCGGACCUGCUCCUCGCCCGCGGCCGCGCCCGCCUGUGGAAGCGCCUCUACCGCCUCCCCUUUGACGCCCUCGAGCGCUGGAGCAUGGGCUUCGCCGACGCCAUCGCCGUAAACUCCGACUUCACGCGCCGCGUCGUCGCCCGCACCUGGCCCGGCCUCGCCCGCACCCGCCAGCUGCACAUCGUCUACCCGUGCAUCGAUACGACCGCCGUCGGCGGCGCGCGAGGGAGGGGCAAGGAGGAGGAGGAGGCGGAGGAGAAGGAGGGGAAGAAGGGGAAGAAGGGGAGGGAGAAGGAACAGGAACAGGUGGUAGAGGUUGAGCCGCUGCCGUGGAAGCAGGACGGCGUGGUGCUGUCCAUCAACCGCUUCGAGCGCAAGAAGGACGUGGCGCUGGCGAUCCGCGCCUUCGCCCUGCUCCCCGCCGAGCGGCGGCGCGGGGCCAAGCUGGUGGUCGCGGGCGGCUACGACAGCCGGGUGGCCGAGAACGUGUCGUACCACGCCGAGCUGGCCGCCCUGGCCGACCGGCUGGGGCUCCGCCACGCCACGGCCAAGACGCUCGUCUCGGCCCUCCACGUCGCCCCCGCCGUCGACGUCCUGUUCCUGCUCAGCGUCCCCGGCCUGCUCAAGGAGAUGCUGCUGCGCUCCGCCAGGCUGCUGGUCUACACGCCCAGCAACGAGCACUUCGGCAUCGUCCCGCUCGAGGCCAUGCUGAGGGGCGUGCCCGUGCUGGCGGCCGACAGCGGCGGGCCCCGCGAGACCGUCGUCGACGGCGUGACCGGCUGGCUGAGGGAUCCGGAGAGGCCGGAGGAGUGGUCCGCCGUCAUGGAUCGCGUGCUCAACGACAUGCCCGAGCAGGAGCUGCAGCGCAUGGGGAGGGCCGGGGUCGAGCGGGUGAAGAGCAAGUUUGCCGAGGCGCAGAUGGCCGAGCGGCUCGAGGACAUCUUUGACGGCAUGGAGAAGACGUCGCAGGGACCAUCCGGGGCAUCGCUCUUCAUGAUGACGGCCAUGGCCGGGCUGGUGGCAGCCGUUGGGCUCGGGUCCUCCGCCUUCUUGGCCGGGAGGAUAGGUGGCAUUUCGUUUGCGUAGAUUCGAUUUCUUUUUUCUUUUCUUUUCCUUUCUUUUUUUUUUUUAGAAUAUUACUUACGACGACCGGGGAAGUAUCCCGUACCUAAUAAAAGCAAUCCCGUUUCAAUCUGCUUGUUGAGUUCUCGCUUUGUGUAUGUUCGAACACCCAGAAGCGAGGUCCU